CAGUGCGUUAAACGCCGGAAACCAUCCAACCACCAGGGGGCAGCAGUUCAUGUUACAGGCAGCGGAAGGAAUAGCGGAUGUGUCUGUGUAAAAGCCUCAGCGCGACUUUGGUCCUUCGUCCGAACGGUUCCGCGAUUACCGGUACCAGAAAUCAACAGGUCUAACCAGGACCCAAAAAGAUUCCGAGAGAAUCACCGAGACUCCUCUCCGGCUGUGGUUCCGUCAUGGCAGCCGGAGGCGCUUCGGUUCCUCCGCAGCUCGGAGACGUAGAAGAAGACGCUUCUCAGCUGUUGUUUCCUAAAGAGUUUGAGAACGCGGAGACACUGCUCAACUCGGAGGUCCACAUGCUGUUGGAACACCGGAAGCAGCAGAACGAGAGCGCAGAAGAUGAGCAGGAGCUGUCUGAGGUCUUCAUGAAGACACUCAACUACACGGCCCGGUUCAGCCGCUUUAAGAACCGUGAGACCAUUACCGCCGUGCGAAGCCUUCUCCUGCAGAAGAAGCUCCAUAAGUUCGAGCUGGCCAGUUUGGCCAAUCUGUGUCCUGAAGCCGCCGAAGAGGCCAAGGCUCUGAUCCCCAGUUUGGAGGGUCGCUUUGAGGAUGAGGAGCUGCAGCAGAUCUUGGAUGAUAUCCAGACCAAGAGGAGCUUCCAGUACUGACCAGCUGACCCGAUCCGAUUACUGAUUACAUCAGGACCAUCUUGAGCUUUGAGUACUGAUCCGAUCUACCCCCUCUUAUCAUUCCUUCUACUGUAUUAAUAAAGUGUCGUCUGUUUUUUA